CCGCCCGCGCGCCCGCCGGCCUCGGGGAGCCCGGGAGCCGUCCGGCGGGGCGGGGCGGGGCGGCGCGGCCGCCACCAUGGAGCCCCGGCGCCGGGAGCUGCUCGCCCAGUGUCAGCAGAGCCUGGCCCAGGCCAUGACGGAGGUGGAGGCCGUGCUCGGGCUGCUCGAGGCCGCGGGAGCGCUGAGCCCCGCCGAGCGGCGGCAGCUGGACGAGGAGGCGGGAGGCGCCAAGGCGGAGCUGCUGCUUAAGCUGCUCCUGGCCAAGGAGCGGGACCACUUCCAGGAUCUGCGGGCGGCGCUGGAGAAGACGCAGCCUCACCUGCUGCCCAUUCUCUACCUGAACGGCGUCGUCGGGCCGCCGCAGCCCGCCGAGGGCGCCGGGUCCACCUACAGUGUCCUGUCCAUCAUGCCCUCAGACUCAGAGAGCAGCAGCUCCCUCAGCAGCGUGGGCACCACUGGGAAGGCGCCAUCCCCACCACCCCUGCUCACUGAGCGGCAAGUGAACGAGAAGGUGGAGAACCUCUCUAUUCAGCUGCGGCUGAUGACCCGGGAGAGGAAUGAGCUGCGGAAGCGCCUGGCCUUCGCCACCCAUGGGACCACCUUCGACAAGAGGCCCUACCACAGGCUGAAUCCGGACUACGAGAGGCUGAAGAUCCAGUGUGUGCGGGCCAUGUCAGACCUGCAGAGCCUGCAGAACCAGCACACCAACGCCCUGAAGAGGUGUGAGGAGGUGGCCAAGGAGACCGACUUCUACCACACGCUCCACAGCCGGCUCCUGAGCGACCAGACCCAGCUGAAGGAUGACGUGGACAUGCUGCGGCGGGAGAACGGACAGCUGCUGCGGGAACGUAACCUGCUCCAGCAGUCAUGGGAGGACAUGAAGCGGCUGCACGAGGAGGACCAGAAGGAGAUCGGCGACCUCCGGGCCCAGCAGCAGCAGGUGUUGAAGCACAACGGGUCAUCAGAAAUUCUCAACAAGCUGUAUGACACGGCCAUGGACAAGCUGGAGGUGGUUAAGAAGGACUAUGAUGCCCUGCGGAAGAGGUACAGUGAGAAAGUCGCCAUCCACAAUUCGGACCUGAGCCGCCUGGAGCAGCUGGAGGAGGAGAACCAGCGCCUGCUGAAGCAGACGGAGAUGCUGGCCCAGCAGAGGGACACGGCCAUCCAGCUGCAGCACCAGUGCGCCCUCUCCCUGAGGAGGUUCGAGGCCAUUCACCACGAGCUGAACAAGGCCACCGCCCAGAACAAGGACCUGCAGUGGGAGAUGGAGCUGCUGCAGUCGGAGCUGACGGAGUUGAGGACCACACAGGCAAAAACCGCCAAGGAGUCGGAGAAGUACAAGGAGGAGCGGGAUGCAGUGUACAGCGAGUACAAGCUCAUCAUGAGCGAGCGCGACCAGGUCAUCUCUGAGUUGGACAAGCUGCAGACCGAGGUGGAGCUGGCUGAGUCCAAGCUCAAGAGCAGCACGUCUGAGAAGAAGGCGGCCAGCGAGGAGAUGGAGGCACUGCGACAGAUCAAAGACACGGUGACAAUGGACGCUGGCAGAGCCAACAGGGAGGCCGAAAUCCUUCGAAAGCAGUGCAAGGCUCUGUGCCAGGAGCUGAAGGAAGCCCUCCAGGAGGCGGAUGUGGCCAAGUGCCGGCGGGACUGGGCCUUCCAGGAGCGGGACAAGAUCGUGGCUGAGCGGGACAGCAUCCGGACGCUCUGUGACAACCUGAGGCGGGAGCGGGACCGGGCGGUGAGCGAGCUGGCUGAGGCCCUGCGCAGCCUGGACGACACUCGAAAACAGAAGAACGAUGUCAGCCGGGAGCUGAAGGAGCUCAAGGAGCAGAUGGAGUCCCAGUUAGAAAAAGAGGCCCGGUUUCGGCAGCUGAUGGCCCACAGCUCCCAUGACUCAGCCAUCGACACAGACUCCAUGGAGUGGGAAACAGAAGUUGUAGAGUUUGAAAGGGAGACGGAGGAUAUUGACUUGAAGGCACUUGGUUUCGAUAUGGCAGAAGGUGUGAAUGAGCCUUGUUUGCCGGGGGACUGUGGCAUAUUUGUCACUAAAGUGGACAAAGGAAGCAUUGCUGAUGGCCGCUUACGGGUCAACGACUGGCUGCUGCGAAUCAACGAUGUAGACCUCAUCAACAAGGACAAGAAGCAGGCCAUCAAGGCUCUCCUCAAUGGGGAGGGGGCCAUCAACAUGGUUGUGCGUCGGAGAAAGUCCCUGGGUGGGAAGGUGGUCACACCGCUGCACAUCAACCUGAGCGGGCAUAAAGACAGCGGCAUCAGCCUGGAAAAUGGCGUGUAUGCUGCUGCCGUGGUGCCCGGAAGUCCAGCUGCCAAGGAGGGGUCCCUCGCCGUGGGAGACAGGAUUGUGGCUAUCAAUGGCAUUGCACUGGACAACAAGUCUCUGAAUGAGUGUGAAUCUCUGCUGCGGAGCUGCCAGGACUCCCUGACCCUCUCCCUCCUGAAGGUGUUCCCUCAGAGUGCCUCUUGGAGUGGCCAGAACAUCUUUGAAAACAUCAAGGACUCUGAUAAGAUGCUGAGCUUCAGAGCCCAUGGCCCGGAGGUCCAGGCUCAGAAUAAACGGAAUUUGAUGCAACACAACCACUCCACGCAGACGGACAUCUUCUGUGCGGAGAGGCUGGAGGACAGGAAGGAGUCGGGCCCCUCAGGAGGCAGUAGCUCCUUCCUGCCCAAGCCGUUCCCUCGGGGACCCUGCCCCGUCUCCCCCCAGGCCUGUCCCAGCGCCUCUGAGCGCAGCCUGAGCUCCUUCCGCUCGGAUGCCUCGGGGGAGCGUGGCUCUGGGCCGGUGGACGUGCGCAGCCGGCGGCCCCUGCUGCCCUUCGAGACUGAGGUGGGCCCCUGUGGGGUGGCAGAGGCUCCCCUGGACAAGGCAGAGUCCGAGAACGCCAACAGUGGCGGGACCUGGCCGAAGGCUGUGCUCAGCUCCACAGCGGGACCUGAGAAGCUCUCUGUUUACAAGAAGCCAAAGCAAAGAAAGUCUAUCUUUGACCCAAACACUUUCAAACGCCCCCAGACACCCCCCAAAAUAGACUACCUGCUCCCGGGCCCUGGGCCUGCCCACUCCCCCCUGCCCUCCAAGAGGGUGGGCCCUCUGACGCCCCCAAAACCUCCCAGGAGGGGUGACUCCAUUAAAUUCCAGCACAAGCUGGAAACCAGUUCUGAGUCAGAGGCCACUCUGGUGGGCAGCUCCCCAUCCACCAGCCCCCCAAGUGCCCUGCCCCCCGACAUGGACUCUGGGGAGCCCAUGCACGCCUCGCCUCCCCGCAAGGCCAGGGUCCGCAUUGCUUCUAGCUACUACCCUGAAGGGGACGGGGACUCCUCCUGCCUGCCGGCCAAGAAGCCCUGUGACGAGGACCUCACUUCCCAGAAGGUGGACGAGCUGGGGCAGAAGCGCCGCCGGCCGAAGUCUGCUCCCAGCUUUCGGCCCAAGCUUGCUCCGGUCGUGAUCCCUGCUCAGUUCCUAGAGGAGCAGAAGUGUAUCCCAGCCAGUGGAGAACUCUCCCCAGAUCUACAGGAGUGGUCCCCUUACUCACCAGGGCAUUCCAGCCGGCACAGCAACCCCCCCUUCUACCCCAGCAGGGCGUCUGUGGGCACUGUUCCCCGGAGUAUGACCCCGAGCACCACUGUGAGCUCCGUCCUGAGGAACCCCAUCUACACUGUGCGCAGCCAUAGGGUUGGACCUUGCAGCUCUCCACCUGUCCCCAGAGAGAUUGGCUCCCAGGGUUUGCAUCCCAGUGUCCAGCACCAGGGACGCCUGAGCCUGGACCUGAGCCCCAGGGCCUGCAGCGAUUGCUCUGAGAUGAGAGCCUCCCAUGGGUCCAACUCCCUGCCCUCCAGUGCCCGCCUCGGGUCUUCGAGCAACUUGCAGUUCAAGGCAGAACGUAUUAAAAUCCCAUCAACGCCAAGAUAUCCACGGUCUGUUGUGGGCUCUGACAGAGGCUCUCUGUCGCACUCGGAGUGCAGCACUCCCCCGCAGUCUCCUCUGAACGUGGAAGGCCUGUCCUCCUGUAGCCCGUCCCAGACCUCAGCCGCCACGUUGCCCAGAAUUGCCGUCAACCCCGCGGCCCUCGGGGAGCGCAGGAAGGACAGGCCGUAUGUGGAGGAGCCACGCCAUGUGAAGCUGCAGAAGGGCUCGGAGCCGCUGGGCAUCUCCAUCGUGAGUGGGGAGAAGGGCGGUGUCUACGUCUCCAAGGUGACCGGGGGGAGCAUCGCUCACCAGGCCGGCCUUGAGUAUGGGGACCAGUUACUUGAGUUCAAUGGCAUAAACCUGCGGAGCGCCACGGAGCAGCAGGCCCGGCUCAUCAUUGGGCAGCAGUGUGACACCAUCACCAUCCUGGCCCAGUACAACCCACACAUGCACCAACUCAGCAGCCACUCCCGGUCCAGCUCCCACCUGGAUCCUGUCGGUACCCACUCCACUAUCCAGGGCAGCGGUGCCACCACCCCGGAGCAUCCCUCUGUCAUUGACCCACUGAUGGAGCAGGACGAGGGCCCUGGCACCCCCCCGGCCAAGCAGAGCGCGCCCAGCUCCAGGAUGGUGGGAGAUGCCACCAAGAAGAGCCCAGAGCCACGAAUUGUCUUCAUCAAGAAGUCCCAACUGGAGCUAGGAGUGCACUUAUGUGGCGGGAAUCUGCAUGGGGUGUUUGUGGCCGAGGUGGAGGAUGACAGUCCCGCCAAGGCCCCCGACGGCCUCGCGCCCGGAGACCUCAUCCUUGAGUAUGGCAGUCUGGACGUGCGCAACAAGACGGUGGAGGAGGUCUACGUGGAGAUGCUGAAGCCCAAGGACAGCGUCCGCCUGAAGGUGCAGUACCGCCCUGAGGAGUUCACCAAGGUCAAAGGCCUACCUGGCGACAGCUUCUAUAUCAGGGCUCUGUAUGAGCGGCUGGCAGAGGUAGAGCAUGAGCUGAGCUUUAAGAAAGAUGACAUCCUCUACGUUGAUGACACCUUACCCCAGGGCUCAUUUGGGUCCUGGAUGGCCUGGCAGCUGGACGAGAAUGCCCAGAAGAUCCAGCGCGGGCAGAUCCCCAGCAAAUAUGUGAUGGACCAAGAAUUCUCCCGGAGGCUCAGCAUGUCUGAAGUCAAAGAUGACAACAGUGCCACAAAGACGCUCUCUGCAGCUGCACGCAGGUCCUUCUUUCGAAGGAAACAUAAGCACAAACGCAGCGGGUCCAAAGAUGGGAAAGACCUCCUUGCCUUGGACACCUUUUCCAAUGACUCCAUUCCACUCUUUGAAGAUUCGGUGAGCCUUGCCUAUCAGCGGGUCCAGAAAGUGGACUGCACCUCCCUGAGGCCCGUCCUGAUUCUGGGGCCUUUACUGGAUGUGGUGAAGGAAAUGCUGGUGAACGAGGCGCCCGGCAAGUUCUGCAGAUGCCCCCUGGAGGUGAUGAAGGCCUCCCAGCAGGCCAUCGAGCGGGGCGUCAAGGACUGCCUGUUUGUCGACUAUAAGCGGAGGAGCGGCCACUUUGAUGUGACCACAGUGGCUUCCAUUAAGGAGAUCACAGAAAAGAACCGGCACUGUCUCCUGGACGUUGCCCCUCACGCCAUCGAGCGGCUGCACCACAUGCACAUCUACCCCAUCGUCAUCUUCAUCCACUACAAGAGCGCCAAACAUGUCAAGGAACAGAGAGACCCCAUCUACCUGAAGGACAAGGUGACUCAGAGGCAUUCCAAAGAGCAGUUUGAGACGGCUCAGAAGAUUGAACAGGAGUACAGCAGGUACUUCACAGGAUCCUGCUGCCGAUUGGACCAUCACAACACACCCCAGGCUGCUUUCCAAUGUGCUGGGACUCCCCAUUGCAUGACUAGACAAACCAGCCCAAAGCAUCAUUGCAGUGGGGCCUGGCAAUGCAAGUGCGCGGUCAAAUCCUGUUACCCCUGUUACAGAGACCAGGGCAGCCUGGCAAAAUUGGACACCAGCCUUCAUUUGAGCCUAAAAUUUUAACAUCCUGUGGGACAAUUGCCGAGAGGGAUAGAUAAAAAGCGGAAGUGAUUUGCAUUCAGCUCUUUUUCUUUUCCAAUUUCUCACUGAUGGAAGAGAGUGAGGUGGGAGUGGGGCAGGAGGGCCAAGUAGCUCAAAGCAGGCAGAACACCAGGAAGAGUAAAAGAUGUUUAUUUGCCUCCACCCUGGGGUCUGCCUCUGAGCCAAUGACAUGUGUGUUUGGGGGCUCUCUUGCAGGGGUCGUCCAGGGAGGAGCCCUAUCGAGCAUUUGCACUCAGAUCUUGGCAAUGGUCAAUCAAGAGCAAAAUAAAGUCCUGUGGAUCCCAGCCUGCCCUCUCUAGAACGCGGUGCUGGGGACGACUGCCACUUGGCCACCAGCGUGACUGCCUGGCUCAGCUCUUUUUAGUGACUAAAGAUAGAUGUCUCUGUAUAUAAACCCGAAGGGGAAGGAUCUAUGAACCAGGACUCCAGAAGCACCUCCUUUGUAGACAGAGGGCCGCAGACGAAUGGGAUCCGGGCCCCGGCCAACAGACUGUGUUCCUCUCACACGUGUGCUUUAAGACAAAAGACUCUGUAGAGGGGCUCAAUACCAACCUUUCUUGUAGCCAGCUCAUCAGAGAUGCUGCAAAGAGAACUUUUCAGAUCACAAGUUUACAAGCCUUUUCUAAGUAUUCGGUUGUUUAUGUUUACUUGAACGGCUCCACGUUGUCGCUGCCCAGUCCCUGCCCUUUCCUCACUGUCGCUUUGGUGUUGGUUUUGUGCCGGUUUUCAGCGAGACGACUCUGGAACCUCGUUGGGGGCCACUUUGCUUUGGGAGGUUCUCAUCAGUGGGACCAGAGCUUUGACAAACGGACUGCUCCUCGGCAGCACCUCUCCUGGGAGGGCUGCGGCUGUGGCUGCUUCGACAGUCGCUGGGUGUGGAACUGGUGCCUUUGUGGGGCCGACUCCCCAGCGGCAGUGUGUUCCCCUCCUGCACAGAGGAAGGCCACUUCCGCCGUCUUGUGGACGCACCCCUCAGACUUCGUCUCCUGCCUUCUGCGUCCUCUUCUCGUCCACCUGCAUUCAUUAUUCCAGCGUUCUCUCUGGUCCUCGGAGCUUCGUGGGUUCACUGUGACACACCCAGCUCCGGGCAGGGUGUUAGGCUGGGGCCGACGCAUGCUUAGGCUGGGUCCUCUUUAGAUUCUGUGAAUAGUGACAGCCUUUACCAGUGCAGAUGUUGCAGGGUAAUUCCUAAACGCUCUGGAGUGGGGCAGGCACAUCAGCUCUGUUUGAUAUAAAAACAUUUAUGUUUCAGACUUUGAACAGAGAGCUCUUAUGGAAGCUUAAGGAUUAGUGCAGUCACUGUCAAAACUCAGAAAAGAGAAACUGGGAUCUGUCUAGUCUUGGCUUUUGGCACUCACAACAUGAGCAUUGCUCCAUGAGGGUGGCUUUGUUUUGGAUUUGUGUUUUGUUUUUAAACGCUUCUGACGCUGGAUACCUCUGGCUGAAGAUUUGAUGUGGUUCCUCCUUAAACUGUGCAUCUUGUUAAUAAUAGGUACUGUACGGGGCUCCGGGUAAGUGUCACUGGGGUAGGACCUCUAUUUUAAUACUGUUCCUAACAUUUCAUUUUACUAGCAAGAGAUCGCUGAUUCCAUUUUAUUCUUUGUAAUUCUAGACACUAGAUUAUAGUUUAGCCAUACUGACAUUUUUUAAAAAGGGAUAUAUUUUCUUGCACAGUCGUUCAAAAAGAAACACGUUUCAGUCCUCAGUGCUGCCCUUCGUUUCACAGGUACACUCGUUCCGGCUCAGACAACUGGGACUGACCGCAGGCUGUCGCGGGGUCUCCCUGGCACCCUGUGGGGCCGCUGCUCUGGGUGGCAGGGGUGGGACAGUGACGGUACAGUGUGCACAGGUACUUUUCUGACAGACUGGGAGUUUCUGUACUAAAACCUUCCUUUGUAUCAAAAGUUAAACAGACUUUAGUACAAUAAAUAAAGGUCAAUUUCUGUAA